GGCGGGGCCGGGUGCGGGCAGCGGGGCCGCGCGGCUGCCCCCAGGUAAGGGCGCGGGGUGGGUGCGCGCUGAGCGCUGAGCGCUUCGGUUCCUUUUCUUCCGAUUCCUUCGCGUUGCAUUUGUUCUCCUCCCUCCCCCUGCCGCCCGCCCGUUCAGGUGCAGAAAGCGGCUUUCUUCGGGAAGUUCUCUGCCGGGACUAGCGGCGGGUUCUCGUCCUUACUUUCAUUUUCUUUUUUCUUUUUUACUUUUAUUAUUGUUAUUAUUAUUGUUUUUUUCCCGAGCGGUGCGGGCCGGGGCCCGGAGCUUUGUCCGCUGCGCGGUGAGGGGUCGAGCAGAGCCCCUCCGCGCCGGGCGGCCUCACGCUGCGGCCGUGUGAAUGGAGGGGAUUAAAAGCGGCGAUGCGGAGGAUCUCCGGCGUCUCUCUGAAACACGAGAAAACCCUUUUAUCCCCGGAGGUUCGGAAAACUCCUUUUAAAGUUGCACUCGGGAGGGAGCUGCCGGCCCCAGAGCCGCCGCGCUCCGUGCGCUGCCCCGCGGCUGCCGGCCCCAUUCUUAUGGAGAUGCGCAGCCCCGCUGUGCCCCGCGGAGGGGGAAGGGGCCGCGGCCCGGGCGGGCUCAGCCCCCGCCCCGCCUGGUUGCCCGGGGCCACCUCUCCCCCUCUCCGAGCUCCCAGGCCGCCUGGCCCGGGUGCAGACAAAGAGGAGGAGGGGGCAGCGCUGCCUCCAGCACCGCCGCUCCUCGCCGUGGUCUGGGGACGAAUCCCCGCAGCCCGUGGUGCCCCGCAAGCCCCCGCCCUUGCCUUUGCCCCCGCGAGUCCCCCCUGGAGGCCGUGUGGGUGCUCGGCUCCCGGACACCCCGCCCGGUGCAGCGCAUCCCGGUGGCUCCGUGGCACCGUAUUUGCCCCACCACCGUUUCAGCUGCUGGCGCUGCCUGAGGCCAGAGCUGUGCCCCCCGUGUCACUCCGGGGUUACCUGCAAGGAAACAAAGGCAGCUGGGCGUCGUGCGGCCUCCCCACGGCAGCAAGUGCUGGGAAGACGUGGGUCUGUCCUUUCACUGUUUGAGUGCUAGAUUGUAUUCCGUGGCCAAGCUCAGUUCUUUCAAUGGAACUUCUCAUCUGUGUUGCCAAACAGUUUUUUCUCUCUCAAUAUGUGUGAGGAUUACACGCAGUGUUCUAAGGCGGUGCAGCCGGAGGAGCUCAGCUCAGCUGGUGAACGUGGGAGCAAGAGGAGCUCGAGUGCAGCAGAUGUGGGCCAGGCAGCGAGGGCAGCUGCUGGGGACGGCGGUGUGGCUGUGAGCUGCCCCAGCCUCCAGCUCCAUGCCUACAGCAUCGAGGGCAUGACCACAUUUCAGAAUGGCUGUGGGAACAGCAACGCCAUCGCUUGUAUCGUGAUGGAUAAUAAGGAGGCUCCGAACCUGACGACCUCUGUCAGUCAUAAUGGGGGGUACAGCACCGAUGGCGGUUGUGAAGAGGAAACACAGGAUGAGAAAAUCAGCCCUUCCAAAAUCAUGCGCUUCUUCUCCACCCCUCGGAAACGAGCGAAUUCCAGCUCUGACAGGCCUCGCUCUCUCAUUUUGAUGGGCAACUCUUCCACGUGGAAUGCUUUAUCUUCCAUCAGGAAAAUGGGGUCUUUCAAGAAGCUGAAAUCAUCUGUUCUGCAAGGGAUUCAAGCAAGGGAGUGCCCCGAUAUCCUAAAUGAGAACGGUGUAGGCAAACACAGUUCAAAUGGGGCAGUGGUGAGAGUUCAGACUAACAGGUAUUCCUAUUCGGGGCCUUUGCAGGAUUUCCAGAGUGCAGUGGAUGGUUUGGCGUCCGACUGUUCUGAUGCUGAGGAAAGCGAUGAGUCCUUCCUGAGGAACACGCACCGCUCACGCAGCAUCCGACGGGCUUAUGGUGCCGGCCGCAUCAACCUGCUCGACACGGAUAAGGCUCAGAGCCACCACAACGGCACCAGGCCAACAUCUCCGGUCCUCGCAGAGCCAAAGAUCUGUGAGAUUUUGGUGAAGGACUCUGAAAACAACAGGAUCAUCUAUCGGAGAAGCAAAAGUUCGGAUAAUUUGAACUUUCUGAAGAAAAGCUCCUUCAAACGGAAGUCCACCUCAAACCUUACCGACCUCAAGGCCGCGAAUGAAAAACAAAUGCCAGCAAGGACUGUGAGCGUUACUUCUGCCGACUCAGACAAAACAAAUGGGAACCCCGAGAGGAGAUCCAAGCGAUGGAAGAGCCCCAUCAGGGCAAAGGAUUUUGACCGAGUUCUGAAGCUUGUCAGUAACGUUACAGACGUUGCGUGGAAGAAGGAUGGCCCUAAGAGCGCGGCUCCUUCUCCCAGCGAGCAGUCCCAGAGAACAAGGUCAAACAGCAGACUGCAUGAUGACUACUCCCGCAGGGUUUCCAGUAGCACGGAUCAUGACAGAAAGAGGUGCACCUCCUCAGCGUCUAGUCUAGAUUCUUCUUCACCGGGAACACCUUGUCUACAAAGCCCUGUGGCUGCUCAGGAUAAAGAGGCUGAAAUGAAUGUAGCUCGUGCUGAAGACAAAAACCUCAGGACAUCUUCGGGUAUCGCAGAAUCCGAUAGCUUGUCCCCUACUCUGAGUGACAUCGGGCCAUUUCCCAACGAAGUGUUUGAUACGGACUCGGAUGAACCGAAAGCCCCCCAGCAGUUUGUAUGUGAUGCUGAACAUCCUCACAUCCCUGUCAGGCCGACUGCUCCAAAACCUCAAAGCCCCAACACGGAGAAAGUGAUGUGCAAUAUGGAUUUCCAGUGCUCAAACCAUCAUAGCACACUGUCGCUGAGCUCCACGGAGAGUGAGGAGAGAGGUGAGGUUGGGUCAAAGCUGGGCAGGAAUCCCGUCUGCUUCCAGGACGCUGUGCAAACCGUGUACUAUGAUGAUGGAAAUGAAGACAGUGGCAUCAGCAGUCACUCUCAGCUGAGCCUCAAUUUAGCCCCUGGUGCAGAAGAAAAAAAGGAAGAGGUUGUUUCUGAUGACCAUUGGAAGAAGUCCCCAUCCCAGGAUGAAGAAAAGACAGACACGCAAAGGGUCACGCCCAGGAGAUGGGGCUCUGGAAAAAGGUCUCGGCCCAGACCACUCUCAGACUAUGGCCAAAUGUCAAUCAGAAGUAUCUCCAUACCUGAAGAUGCAGUUGCUGUGGAGUCACAGAAGACAGACUGCACGGAUGGAGAAAAUCAGCCAGGACUGGCUUCUGUUGGGUCUGUGAUCCAAAGCAAUACAGUAGGCUACUCCAGAGGGCGAAAAAGAAGACCCAUCUCUGUAAUAGGUGGGGUCAAUUUCUAUGGAAGCGGUCCGGCAGAAGAAAUUGAAGGUCUGCUGACACAACCCACCACGCGGCCGCCCGUCCCGGCACACCAGGUGCCCCCCUACAAAGCUGUCUCUGCCAGGUUCCGGCCCCUCACCUUUUCACAGAGCACUCCCAUUGGCCUGGACCGCGUUGGGCGACGGCGGCAGAUGAGAACAUCUAAUGCUGCUGCAGAUGGCGGGACUGAAUCUUCGGCAUUGGUGGAUGACAAUGGCAGCGAGGAAGAUUACAGCUAUGAGGAGCUCUGCCAAGCCACACCAAGGUACCUGCAGCCUGGAGGGGAACAGCUCGCCAUUAAUGAGCUGAUAAGCGAUGGCAGCAUUGUCUAUGCAGAAGCUCUCUGGGACCAUGUCACUAUGGAUGAUCAAGAGCUGGGCUUCAAAGCUGGAGAUGUCAUUAGAGUCUUGGAAGCUUCCAACAAAGACUGGUGGUGGGGAAGAAAUGAGGACAAAGAAGCCUGGUUUCCAGCUAGCUUUGUCAGGCUGCGAGUUAAUCAGGAAGAACUGCCAGAAAAUUGCAAUAGUAUCCAGGAUGAAGAACAAGAUGCAGAUAUUAGCAAGCAUCGUCAGAAGAUAGCUGAGAACAAGGAUCAGAUGAGAACCAACGUUAUACAGGAAAUCAUGAACACAGAACGAGUCUAUAUCAAGCAUCUCAAGGACAUCUGUGAGGGUUACAUUCGGCAGUGUCGCAAACAUACAGGAAUGUUCACCACGGCCCAGCUAAGCACCAUUUUUGGAAAUAUUGAGGAUAUUUACAAAUUCCAAAGAAAGUUUCUGAAGGAUCUUGAGAAACAGUACAACAAAGAGGAACCUCAUCUGAGUGAGAUAGGGUCAUGCUUUCUCCAACAUCAAGAAGGCUUUGCUAUUUAUUCAGAGUAUUGUAACAAUCAUCCCAGUGCCUGCAUUGAACUUUCCAAACUAAUGAAACAGGGCAAAUACCGUCACUUCUUUGAGGCCUGUCGCUUGCUUCAGCAGAUGAUUGACAUUGCCAUUGAUGGUUUUCUUCUCACACCUGUUCAGAAAAUCUGCAAAUACCCUCUGCAGCUUGCAGAACUGCUCAAAUACACCACGCAGGAGCACAGUGAUUAUAACAACAUAAAAGCUGCUUAUGAGGCUAUGAAGAAUGUGGCAUGCCUAAUCAAUGAGCGAAAACGAAGAUUGGAAAGCAUAGACAAGAUUGCGCGUUGGCAAGUGUCUAUAGUAGAUUGGGAGGGACCAGAUGUGUUAGCCAGAAGCUCGGAACUGAUCCACUCAGGAGAACUGACCAAAAUAUCAAAGCAAGGCAAAAGCCAGCAGAGGACUUUCUUCCUCUUUGACCAUCAACUUGUGUUCUGUAAGAAGGACCUACUGAGAAGGGACAUCUUGUAUUAUAAGGAUCGUAUCGACAUGGAUGAGAUGGAACUUGUGGACACUGAGGAUGGCAGAGACAAAGACUUUAACAUUAAUGUCAAGAAUGCUUUUAAGAUAAUAAACAGAGCAACAGAAGAGGUUCAUUUGUUCUGUGCAAAAAAGCAAGAGGAUAAGAAGAGAUGGAUGGAGGCGUGUGAAAGUGAAAGGAGAAGAGUUCGAGAAGAUAAGGAAAUGGGAAUGGAAAUCUCAGAAAACCAGAAGAAGCAAGCCAUGCAGAACGCCCGUAAAUCAAGGCAUGGGAAAAUGAAAGGUGUGAGCUAUAAUGGGUGUCCUGUGCCUCCUCUACACCAGAGCUUGCAUCCCAUCCAUCAGCGCCACAUCACCGUGCCCACCAGCAUCCCACAGCAGCAGGUCUUUGCCCUGGCAGAACCCAAGCGGAAGCCAUCCCUCUUCUGGCAUACCUUCAACAAACUCACCCCGUUCAAAAAGUGAAGGACACCGGCACAGGGAGAGACUUAUUCCAAGGAAGGACCUUGGAGACCCAGUUAAGCUUAUUUAAGCUCAGUGAAUCUCCAGUUUUGGAGGAAAAACCGUGGGCUCCCUUGAGCCAGAAAUACAACUUUGUCUAGAAGAAUAAUGAAGUGGCUCAGAACUGCUCUGAAGUAAAUGUUGCCGAGUGUCAGCGUUGCUAAUGAAGAGCAGUUCCCUUCUGACAAAGACAACUUACUGUUACUCUAAAGCAGCAGUAUUUGAUCUGUUUCUUAGUUAUGCUGAAGUAAUGAUAGAACUGUGCAGGUCAUUGUAACAUUUCAUUUUUUCUUAAUCUUAUGCUGAUGGCCAAAUUUAGUACAGGGAGGGGUUUUUCCUUAAGGGUAUGUCAGCAAGGAAUCUUGGGGGAGUUUUCUCCUUUUGGAGAGCCAAGCUGGAGCUGCCCAUUAAAAUCAGGUGGAUAACAUGCUGUUGCUGGGUUUGGUGGACCCUAAUCCUUCCUGUCUUUUUCUAUUAAAUUGCCAAAUGGCAGGAGAAUGUCCCACAGGGCCUUAUCAUAUUCCAGAUUGGAACAGGGAAGUUUUAUUCUGUCAUAUAGAAACAUGAACAGAGUGCAAAAUGGACUACAAAGAUGUGUGCAUUUCUUGCAUACAAGCGGAUACAAGAGGCGCCCAGGGCAUCUCUCAUUUCUUUCAGUCAGAGCAAUAUACUGCUUGCAUGUAUACUCUUCAGUAUAGAGCUUUUAUACCACUUUUUGUGCACUUCUUAGCCUGGGAGAUGCUUCUUUCUAUUCCCAGUAUGCUUAUUUCUCUGUGAAAAAAAGUUUGUUUGUUCUUUAAUGGAGAUAAUGUGAAUGUACGAUAUCAGAGUUGAGACAGUACGAACUGACUGCUGACUGCUGGCUACGUUACUUAGCUCGCACACUUUGUACUCGUAUAGCUUCACUUAGAAAAUGGAUGAAUGGUAAUGGAAAUGUCUCCGUUAAGUUCUCAAAGCAGUCUGGAUCCAUGCUUCUUCUACGCAGGCAGUCAACAAUGAGUUGUGUCCAGAUUUCUUCACAAAGAAGGAGAAAUCCUUACUGGAAGGGACAGAAUGAUUAUGUGGACCAAAGAUGGAUUUCUGUCUCAGAGUCAUUGGUCUGUGCUGGAAGGGGAAGGAUCUGGCUGGAGAAAAGUCAGCUCUGGUCGGCAUCCGCAGUGUGUGACCUGCAUUGCUGUAAGUUGAUGUGGGAGAAUAACUUUUAAAAGCCAGCAAGAAGAAACAGGAUCUCGCUAUUUGCAGCACUGAUCAUUUCUGCUUGCUAACUCACAAAGGAUGACAAGACUAUUGGUAAUAUGGAAGGAAAAAAAGGACUCCUUAUGUUUCAGAACUGAUUUGAUAUGAAUGUCUUUCAAAUACUUUAUUGUAUGCUGCUGAUUAGGGGCAUUAUCAGAUGAUAAGUAUAGAUCCAAGAGUAUUCUUUGACAGUGGACACAAUCACCUUUGUAAUGAGUCUGUACUAUAUGAAGAACAAACAAUGGGCUAGAGGCCAGGCAUCUUAAUAACAAUGUAAAAAAAGCCUUAUUUUAAACAUGUAUUUGUUCCUACUGCUGUUCUUACCUCUAUCUUUUUACUUAUCGUCAGUGUUGUGAAGCCCACUGGUCUGAUGGUUUUAUGACUCGGUAACUUUCUGGCAACUUCUGCAAAGUGCAGGUUUGUAGUUUUGAUUUUAAAUGAUGUCUUUGACAACUGUACAUUUCAAAUGCCUUGUGUAUAUAGCUCAGCAAUAAUGCAAAGUCUGGUGAUGCUCAGCCAAACUGUUCACUGCGUAGUGAACUUCAUUGCUUGUGCUUUUCCGUAGUGAUAGAAGAUGACCUGAAACAGUUAAGAACUGGAAAUAUGCACUGACAUUUUCAACAGCCCAGCUUAAAGAGAGCGCACAAGAAGGAUAGUGGCAAAAGCUGGCUGGGUUCAGUUUCCAUGUUUAAAACAAGCUGUCUAAAAGAUAUUUCUAAGUGCUCGAUUUAGACUGAAUGAACUGAUUUCCAAAUGCCAGUGUGGAUGCAUGCCCUUCCACAUAACUGAGCAACCCUUUUGUGCUUCUUACGUACCCAUUUCCAUGGGUACGUCCCAUGUUCAGGCCUGCAAACCAAAGUGGUGCAUGUAUCCUGGAAGCAGAGAUACUUCAUAUCCACAUUGUGAAAGGUUUGUUCUAGAUGUAAACACAUCUGCAGUUGGAUUGCAGAUCACACGCAGAAACUUUCCCAGAGUGACCUGAAGACAUUAUGAGAGCUACAUUUACAUAUUUGUCUGAGAAAAGGAUUGUGGGAGGUAUCUUCUGUCACGUCAGUGCCCAUAAAGGCUCUUCCCAUGUAGUAGUGCUGGUGCCUUAGCCCUAUCAAUGAACGGAAAUGUUUGUAUGUGGUUUUGGAUGCAGCAGGUUGUUCUGUUUUGUUUUGUUUCCUCGAAGAGAACUUAAUUUCAGGAAGAGAAAAUGUUUCACGGUGCACAUUACUCAGGACAGUUUUAUAUGUAGUGCCCUACUUGUAGAUGUGUUUUACAAUAUCCUCUGUGUCUUUCUUUGCAGUCUGCAAUAGAUGAAGAGGCUACCAACACUGUCUUUUAUUGGGUUAUAUAUUUAUUGGUCAAGGAAUAUGCUGGCUAUGCAGCAAGACCGAUAAAAUAUAAGAAGGCAGGCCAAAUUUAAACUACACCAUAGUCUUUUAAAUGAAUUGCAGUUAAACAAAAACACACAGUUACAUUAUCCAACAAGUAAGGCAAAUGUUUACUUGGGGAUCAGUCUGAUUUCAGUGUCCGUGGGGAAAAGAGCUGCUAAUAAAAUGUACAAUUUUCUGCUCUAGCACCUCUGUCCUUCAGCAGAGCAUGCAAGUCCUGACUUUCCUGAUGACAAAACUUACCUUCAGAAAGCUGUCUUUUCUUUUCCACUCGCUUUUGUUUGCUGUAAGUUACUGUCAAUGUUCUAGGGCAACUACUAAGCAUAUUUGUGCCUCAUUUAGCUAAAGCACAGCCAGAGCCUUCCUGAUGGCCUGCUGAGCAGACAACCUCAGACUUUUUGCAUGAGAUGCAGUAAAAUGUAAUUGUCCUCAAAUGUGUUCCCACUGAGUUAGGAUAAUGCCAAACCAUAAUUGCAUCUAACUGGGAGCAUUUGAUGUAUAAAAUAAUACGAUUGUUUUACAAGUGGCUCUUGCCAUGCUAAAUUUCACAUUGAGUUUUAGUGGUCAGUAGUUUAGUAGUGAAGGAGUUCAAAGACGGACUACUUAAAUGUUCUGCGUUUUAGUUGUCUUAUGAAAAUAAUGAGAGCAGAGUUUUGGAGCCAAAGGUCUUUAGCCAUAACUAACACAGUACCUUUCCUUGACCGCCUUUCUGCUUUUUUUCUACAUGUGGCAUCUGUGUGUAGGAGAUGCCUUCCGAACGGUCUCUAAUUUAAAACUAUUUGUUGUAAAUACUAGGGAUGACUUGCGUAUGUAUUUUAUUUUGACAAGUGUUUUGUAACAUUAUCUUACAUCCAUUGCUUUGUGCAUCUCACCAUCUGCGUGCUGUUACAUGUGUUGUAAAUCGAGUGUCCUGGCUACAGAGCACAUGAGUUGGCUGUUGACAGCUGAAACACAAUGUAUGGGACUGCAGUGUCUUCAUGUGUAUUUGUUCUGAAGUAACUGCAUUACAAUGUUUGUUUACUCUUGGAACGUUGUCAAAUGAAUCUAUUUUCUGGAAAUAAGUACAAACUUACAUUCCCAUUAUUUUCCUCUCGUUGUACAUGUUUUAAUUAAAUAAUGUACAGCUGAAGUUCUUCAGCUAUGUCCUAUAAAACUUUAUUGUACAGUUUUAAAA